AUGGACUGCGACGACUUUGGAAGCUCAUUUGAAUCCCCAUCGUCUUCAUCUCGACAAUCCCCGCGCUCGUCACUCGACUCUUUCGACGAGCCAUGGUUUGAGCCAACAGACUACUUUAGGAUCGACAUUAGCUCUGAAGAUCCAACAAACGCAAGCUUCACGACCGAAACCGGCAAAACGCUCUACAGAACCGUUUCGUUCCAAGAACCCAUCGGGUCCCGACCCUCGACCGCAUCAUCUAUGAAGCCUCCACACAUUACGCGCGUAUCACGCCUAUACGGCAACACUGCACGUGCCGCGAGAGAAGCCAGCAAGCGAAGGGGAGGAGCGGGAAACGGGAGCUCGCAUGCCACGACUUCUGCGGCUGCAGAAAUAGGGUUGAUGGUUGCCGAGAUGGAAUGGCUCGAGAAGACGAGGUCGUCGCGUAUUCGAUUCGGAAGGCGGCUUGGCUCGCCCAAACACGACGUUGUCGACGUGCGCAUCGACGAGUUUUUGAAGAAUACCAAAGGGAGAGGUCAGUCGACCAUGUUUGCUGCGGCGGACGGCCGGAUAUUCAAGUGGAAGGCAAACGGCAACGCACCCGUCGAGCUCAUUCAAUGCGAGAGAGGUCGAAGAGUCUCGACUCCUCUCGUUACCUACCAAGAAGCGAACCCGGAAGAAGGGACGGCAGCGUGCUUGCACGUGUCGACGUCUCUCCUGUCAAUGAUAGAUCAAGUCAUUGUCUCUUGGGUGAUCAUGGAACGGGACCGCCGACUCUAUAUAGACCGCAAGUCGACGAUCUAG